UGUAACAGCUAAUUUGGACCCCAUCAUUUUAUAUGUAUAGUUGGGAUUAUGUUUUCCCAUGUGUGUUAGUUUGCAUUUAUCAAUGUAUUUGUGGUUACUUCUUGUCCUCUUGGCUACGCCCAGUUCUCUGCACUAACUUGAUCACAGGAUGAUAAAGAGCUACAAAAGUAGUUAGCUGACUCUGAGCUAAACAUUGAUUCUGCUGUAAUACUAUAUGUAAAGAGCAGUUCUGCUCUGAAAAGUUACUCUGUAAUAAAGGCAUUGUGAGGUUUAGCGUUGAUCCUCACAAUGACUUCUAUAUUAAAUAUGCUUAAUUAACAAGUAAUAAGAUGGCUCUUAGAAUUAUCAGUUGUGUAUAUUCAGCCUUGGAUCUGAGAAUUUGAUUGGGUUUCUUCCAUAUGGAUUAUUGUUGUUAAUAAAGGUUAUACAGGCUAAAUUGUGUCUUUAGUGAGUGUAGUUCUACGUUUUAAGUCACUAUGUGGCCUGUAAAUCUUGCCACAUGCCUUAACUAAGCAUUUUUAGUUAAAUAUCUAACAUUAGAGAAUACUGUAGAUAAGACCUAAUCCAUCUCAUUGCAGUAAAUGUCAAUGGGAAUUGAAUCAAGGUUAUAAUGAGGUUACCAUACUUAAUAUCAUAUGUAAACUUGGCAAAAUUUAAGGUUCCAUUCCGAAUGUAUGUUAAAUGACACUUGUAUUGCACCAUUCUCUUCAAGGUCCCUGAACUCUUCCUGUCCCCAACCUUGUUUUGCAGUACCAGCUGACUACUACUUUACUCCAGAAGCGAUCCCAUUGUUCGUAAUCUUUUCACAUUGCAAUGGAACUACCUUGUGAAAUAGGGUAUUACUCAAUGUGAGUAAAGUCAGAUUCUGGCUCUAAAUUUGGACUAUUAAAUGAACUGAAAGGUCCCCUCCUUCCUCCCAGUUCCCCCCCGUGACACUAACUGUCUCCACAAUUUUGGUAUAUAUGCAUACUUUAUUCUUCCUACUUGGGUGUUGGUUUUAGACAUCUUACAGAAGUGAAAAGGAAGCAGUCCUUUAAGAACACUGGGGAGCUUAUCUGUGGUGCAGCUACUACCUUUUCCCUUCUGUUGGGAAUCUCCACUGUUCGGUGGGCUGUCAGAGAAGACACUACUAACUAAAUAAAAGCACUUCAAAGGUCUGAAGAGUCCUGGAUGCUGAUAGGCUGUGAGGAGAAUGGAAGCUUCCUGUCUGGAGCUGGCCUUGGAAGGCGAGCGACUGUGUAAAGCAGGAGAUUGUCGAGCUGGCGUGUCUUUCUUUGAAGCUGCAGUUCAGGUUGGAACAGAAGAUCUAAAAACACUUAGUGCUAUUUACAGUCAGCUAGGCAAUGCUUAUUUCUACCUGCAUGAAUAUGCAAAAGCCCUGGAAUACCACCACCAUGAUUUAACCCUUGCAAGGACCAUUGGAGAUCAACUAGGUGAAGCUAAAGCUAGUGGUAAUUUGGGAAACACCUUAAAGGUGCUUGGGAAUUUUGAAGAUGCUAUUGUUUGUUGUCAAAGGCACCUAGAUAUUUCCAGAGAGCUUAAUGACAAGGUUGGAGAAGCAAGAGCACUUUAUAAUCUUGGAAAUGUGUAUCACUCCAAAGGGAAAAAUGUAGCCUGUGCUGGGACUCAUGAUCCAGGGGAACUUCCAGAUGAAGUAAAGGCUGCAUUACAAAAAGCUGCAGGUUAUUAUGAGGAAAACUUGACAAUAGUGACAGAGUUGGGUGAUAGAGCAGCCCAGGGACGUGCGUAUGGAAAUCUGGGGAAUACACAUUACCUUCUAGGAAACUUCAGGAAUGCUGUUAUAGCCCAUGAACAGCGUCUCCUAAUUGCAAAAGAAUUUGGUGAUAGAGCUGCUGAAAGAAGAGCAUACAGCAAUCUUGGAAAUGCCUACAUAUUCUUGGGCGAAUUUGAAACGGCUUCUGAAUACUACAAGAAGACACUACAACUGGCUCGACAGCUUAAAGACAGAGCUGUGGAAGCACAGGCUUGUUACAGUCUUGGAAAUACAUACACUUUGCUCCAAGACUAUGAAAAAGCAAUUGACUAUCAUCUGAAGCACCUUACAAUCGCUCAGGAACUGAAUGAUAGAAUUGGUGAAGGAAGAGCAUGCUGGAGUUUAGGAAAUGCGUACACAGCAUUAGGAAAUCAUGAUCAAGCUAUGCACUUUGCAGAAAAGCAUUUAGAAAUUUCAAGAGAGGUAGGGGAUAGAAGUGGAGAAUUAACAGCUAGACUUAACCUCUCAGAUCUUCAAAUGGUGCUUGGUCUAAGCUACAGCACAAACAACUCCUUGAUGUCAGAAAUCCAUGCUGUAGAUAAUAGUUUGAAUGGUGCAAGAUCCAGAGUAGGACGCCGUCACAGUAUGGAAAACAUGGAACUUAUGAAAUUAACACCUGAAAAGAUUCAGAACUGGAACAGUGACAUUCUUGCUAAGCAGAAACCCCUGGUUGCCAAACCUUCAGCAAAGCUGCACUUUGUAAAUCGAUUAAAAGGCAAAAAGUACAAAAAUGGCACAUCCUCCAAAGUUCUGCAGGAUGCUAGUAAUUCUAUUGAUCAUCGACUUCCAAGCUCUCAGAGGAAAAACAGUCCUGAUAUGACUGGUGAUGAAGGGUUCUUUGACUUGCUGAGCCGGUUUCAAAGCAACAGGAUGGAUGAUCAGAGAUGCUGUUUCCAGGAGAAGAGCAGAAUGACAGCUGGAGCAGCAUCCUCCACCCCAUCUAAAACAAUGAGAAAAUCCUUCUCUACUUCCAUGGUCUCACCACACACUGAUGAAUUUUUAGAUCUACUUGCAAGCUCACAGAGCCGCCGCCUAGAUGAUCAACGAGCCAACUUUAGCAAUUUACCUGGGCUUCGUCUCAAUCAGCACAACAGUCAGUCAGUCCUUGGCCACCUAAUGGCUAGCAACAACAGAGAAUCAGAUGAUGACUUCUUUGAUAUCUUAAUAAAAUGUCAAGGUUCCAGAUUAGAUGAUCAAAGAUGUGCUCCACCAUCAACUGCCACAAAAGGACCAACUGUACCUGAUGAAGAUUUCUUCAGCCUUAUUUUGAGAUCACAGGCCAAGAGAAUGGAUGAACAGAGAGUCCCUUUACCCUCGAGUACAAAGAGAUCAAAUCCUAUCAAAGACUUUUAGAAAGAGAAGCCUGGUUGGAAUUUCAACUAUAGAACAAAGAUUAGGGGAUCAGAUUGUACUGUAAUUUUUAACAAAGAGUCUAUCACGUUCCUUUGUUUGCAGGGAAAACGAUAAUAUACCUUUAAAGGAAAAUGGCUUUUCUAGCACUAAUAACAUUUGGAUAUUCCGUUCAAAGUGUAUUAGUUUUACUUUUUUAAAAUAGUGCUAGUAAACCGACAGUUGUACACUCUUGUGAUCAGUGUUCUGCAAAAGGUACAGUCUACAGUUCCUACUACUGCUAGAGAUUAACUGUAUGUCAAGUUUAAAUGAGUCACUGAGUACUUUAGAUAGUUAAAAGAAAGUGGAUAGCAUUGUUAUCAAUAAGAUGUAGUGUUUAAAGUACUCUGCUUGAUUGAUUAAAACACUACAAGUUUAUAACAGUUUAAAUUAACAGUAAUACAAAUUUCAUAGUUCUAUAUGUCCUUUAAAAACUUUUUUUUAUACCAGUUUUUUUUUUAAACCCACAAACUGAGGAAUAAAUUACCUCUGACUGCU